UUGCUCUUUGUAGAUUUUCCAUGGACAACAUAGUAGAUUCCUUGAGUAGCGCGUAUCAGGAGUUUAUUGCAGCAGCAGCUGGUGUUUUAGAGGCAAAAGAAAGUUCUGGUGGCCAAAAAACUCCAGCUACUGAUGCUGCACUCGAAAACUUUAAGCAGCGGUGGGAAUUGUUCAGAGUUGCUUGUGAUCAAGCAGAAGAGUUUGUGGAAUCUGUGAAGCAAAGAAUAGGAUCUGAGUGUCUUGUGGAUGAGGCCACUGGUU